GCUCCACGAUACUCCUUGUGCUCGGUGUUGUUCGAGAGCACGCGCCCUAAAAAGUAAAUUCUUCGCGACGAACGCUGAACCUGUUUCAAGUGCAUCAAAAAUUGAUCCUCAGCUCAGCUCACGAUCAGCCUCCGCACUCAACAAGGCGCCUGCCAGUAACGCAAUCAACUCCGCGGGGCACCAGAGUUCAGGUGUACUCGGUUGACAGUGGUAGGGGCAAGUGGGCUAGCAAUCGAGUUCGCAGGCUAUCGAGGGUCGGGUCCGGAGUUGUAAACGAGUAACGAGCUACCGUGCCGAAGAACAAUGCGUAGCCGAAGCAAUUCCGGCGUCCGGCUGGACUACUACCAGCGGAUCGUGCACCGUUUGAUUAUGCGCCACCAGCAACCGGUGACGGGGUUGUUUCCGGCUAGCCCACAGACGCAGCACGCCUGGAUUCGGGACAACGUGUACUGCAUAUUGGCAGUAUGGGGCUUGUCGAUGGCGUACAAAAAGAUUGCCGAUCAGGACGAAGACCGUGCAAAGGCGUAUGAGCUCGAACAGUGCUGCGUGAAGUUGAUGCGUGGCCUGCUUAUGGCGAUGAUGAACCAGAAGGAGAAAGUGGAGCGCUUCAAGACGUCGCAGAAUCCGCUCGACUCGCUUCACGCUAAGUACUCGAGCCGCAACGGGCAGAUCGUGGUCGGGGAUAGCGAGUGGGGUCACCUGCAAAUCGAUGCCAUCUCGCUGUACCUGCUCAUUCUGGCCCAAAUGACCGCCUCUGGGCUGCAGAUCGUCUUCUCACUGGACGAGGUAGCCUUCAUCCAGAACCUCGUGUUCUACAUCGAGUCCGCCUACUGCAUCCCGGACUACGGCAUCUGGGAGCGGGGCGAUAAGUCGAACCACGGGCAGCCGGAGCUAAACGCCAGCUCGAUCGGUAUGGCGAAGGCGGCCCUUGAAGCAAUGAACGAGCUCGAUCUAUUCGGCGCUCGCGGUGGCUCCGGCUCGGUUAUCCACGUGCUGGCGGACGAGGCGCACAAGUGCCAAGCGGUGCUGCAGUCAAUGUUGCCACGCGAAUCGAACAGUAAGGAGCUCGAUGCAGGGCUGCUGUCGGUGGUCGGGUUCCCGGCAUUCGCCUGCGACGAUCCGCAGCUGAUCGAGACGACACAGGAUGCGAUUAUAACGCGGCUACAGGGUCGGUACGGGUGUAAGCGUUUUCUACGAGACGGCUACAAAACGCCGAAGGAGGACAACACCAGGCUGUACUACGAACGCUGGGAACUGCGCAUGUUCGAGAAGAUCGAGUGCGAGUGGCCACUCUUUUUCUGCUACCUUAUCCUGAAUAAGGCGUUCCAGAGCGACAAGCAGGCGGUGGUAGAGUACUCGCAGAAGCUGGAGGAUAUCCUCGUAAAAACGGACGAGGGCAUGAAGCUGGUUCCGGAGCUGUACGCGGUACCGGAGGAAGGAGUGGCGGCCGAGUACCGCGCUUCCGGCAGCCAACAGCGCGUGGUCGUCGGCCGCUGCCCGUUUCUUUGGGGUCAGUCGCUCUACAUUCUCGGCAAACUGCUGCAAGAGGGAUUUCUGGCCGUCGGCGAACUAGAUCCGCUGAACCGGCGCUUAGGUGCUCAGAAGAAACCGGACGUCGUGGUGCAGGUGGUGAUUCUGGCAGAGGACAAUGACAUUCGCGAUAAGCUGGCCGAGCAUGGCAUCCUGGUCCAGACGAUAGCGGACGUGGCCCCGAUUGAAGUACAACCGGCCCGUGUGCUCAGUCACCUAUACACGUAUCUUGGACGUAACAAGAAACUAGGACUGUCCGGCCGUAAGUCGCGUGACGUUGGCAUCCUCAGCACCAGCAAGCUGUACUCACUCAAGGACCGAAUCUUUGCCUUCACGCCACAGUUUUCUGAUGUGAAUCGAUUUUACAUCGCCUCAGACAACGAGCUUAUUAUCGACCUCCUUAAGGGGGAGAUUAACUUCCUGAAGUCGGCAUGGCAGAACCUCCUCGGCCGGCCACUGCUAACGCUGAUGCUGAAAACGGUGCACCUAGACAACAACAAGGUUCCGCUAGCUAUGAUACAGACGAUGAAGAAGCUGAAAUCCGGCUACAUCAGCGGCACCCGAGUGAUCUUGGGUAACCUGGGUGACUUUAUCAACACGUCUGCCAUUACAGACCUUAGCUUUCUCGGUAGCCAAGAAGACGGCUAUCCAGAUAAAUUGAACCCGGCCGUGCAGGCGUACCUGGAUGAGCAUCUUCUACGCUCGUUCAGCCAUCGAGCAUCGACAACGUCUAUUAGGUCUUCCGGUUUGCGCCCGAAGAACCUGCGCCGCCGGAUGUCCGUGAAAGGAGCUAUCAAGAAGACGCGCUCGAUCAACGUUGACUCGGAAACACUCGGUAUGGAGGGCAAUGUUACCGAGCGACGCUUAUCGCACGUCACGCCACAGUGGCUUGAGCCGAAUCAAUCUGCAGUUGCUUCCAGCGGGUUAAUGACAGCCACACAGCCCGCUUCACGCGAUCCUUCGCUGAAUCCGCCGGUUACUGUGCCUGCACCCACCGCCCAGUCGCGGUUCGUCGAUCGUGUCUCCCUAGACGACGACGACAAGAAGCUGCACAUUCAAACGUCAGCAACAGCUGCUAUGCCAAAGAUACAUAUUCAGCCGCUUCCCCGACACCGACCGACAACAGAGACGAAUUUCGAGAACACCGAAGUGGAGGAGCUGAUUGCAAUGUUGCGUGAAACGGAGAGUCUCGAAGAACAGGGCGACAUCUUGCAACACCUGGUCGACACACAGGGGCUUGACUUCAAUACCGAGUUGACCGGUGCCGUUAAUGACGAUUCACCUUCCCAAGGCAUGCUGGAGGAGGGACGAGUCGUAACGGUGCGCGGCCUGCUGAAGGGCCUGUACGAGAAGGCGUGCCAGCAGAAGAUGUGGGGACUGGUACGCCACACAGCUGGCAUGCUCGGUAAACGCGUAGAGGACCUCGCAAAGGCUGUCACGGAUCUGCUCGUUCGGCAGAAACAGGUGACGGUCGGUAUGCCGCCGAACAGUGAGCACACAAUUACGGCUCCGCUGCCCGAGAUGGAGCUACGGCACGUGAUCCAUGAAGCUUACGGGGACGACGAAAGUACGGCCAUGCUUUCACAAGAGCUGCUUGUCUAUCUUGCGAUGUUCAUCCGCACUGAGCCACAGUUGUUCCAUGAGAUGCUACGGCUGCGCGUUGGGCUAAUUAUCCAGGUAAUGGCCAAGGAGCUGUCGCGCACACUAAACUGCGACGGUGAACAAGCUUCGGAACACUUGCUCAACUUAUCGCCGUUUGAGAUGAAGAAUUUGCUGCACCACAUCCUCAGUGGUAAGGAGUUUGCGAUCAACAGUGUCGCCCGGGGAAACAUCUCGAUCGUGAGCUGUAAGUCAAGUCGCGUUAGCAAGCGAAGCCAAAUCGGCAUAGGGGAGCCAGAGGCAGGCGGAGACAGUUCGCUGAUUGACGACCGACAGGGCCAGUGGUUGCGUCGCCGCCGACUCGACGGUGCCCUCAACCGUGUACCGCGCGACUUCUACCCGCGCGUCUGGACGGUGCUGGAACGGUGCCAUGGGUUGGCAAUCGAAGGGCGCGUCCUACCGCAGAGCCUCACACAGGAAAUGACGCCAAACGAGCUGAAAUUCGCGCUUGAGGUCGAAACCGCGCUCAACACGAUUCCACAACCCGAAUACCGCCAGUUGGUGGUCGAAGCACUGAUGGUUCUGACGCUCGUCACCGAGCACAACAUCCUGGCGUCUUUGGGAGAAAUAAUCUACGUCGAGCAUCUGGUGCACAAAGCGAACCAGCUGUUUCUCGAAGAUCAGCGCAAGGUGCACGGUGAUGCGAUGCUGUGCUGUGCGAAGAACAAGGACAUCCGCGAGACAACCACGGCUGGGUUGCUGUUGUGUGGCGGGGCCGCUUACAUCUGUCAACAUCUUUACGACAGUGCACCGAGCGGUAGCUACGGUACGAUGACAUACAUGGCGCGUGCUGUCGCUUCCGUACUUGAUUGUUUGCCGAAACAAGGAGACAUGGAUUGUACCAUUUCGUAAUCGGAUUGGUACCGGUCGGGGAAUUGUAAUCAACUUACGUCAGUGCUUAAGGGAAUUAGAUCCUUCGUUUGGUGUUCGUUUCACCAACGAUAGUAAAAGAAACAUUUCUCUCGUUAUCUACCGAUUUUCAUCCCUUUGGAAUACAGGGAGAAACGCGACUCUCUUAGGUGUAUUUUUAAGUUGACAUAGCUAUAUAUCGUUUUGAAGUAAGGUUUUGUUUCAUAAUUAUGUUUAUCCGGCACUUAACACCCUUCAGUUUCUUAUUUGUUAUAUCUUAUCUAAGCAUCAAGUUGCUCACUUUAUCACCUUGCGCGAAAAUCCCUACAGUUAUUUUUGCUUUCUCUCUCUAUGUGUGAAUUAGAACGGAUUUAUUGGUGAUUAACAGGGAAUGCUGAACUCCGAUGCCACAUAAAAAUGUUAAUGUUUUUGUGUACCAACUACAAAUUCGCUAUGGCUCAUGACUUUACGAUUUUCUUUCAUCAAUACGAACUUUACGUUUUCUAGUUUUCCUGCCAACUACAGGAUAAUGUUAAAAGAUAUUUAAUGCAAUUUAUUGUGCUUAAACGAAUGUUAUAAAAACAUAUAUAGUAUAGGUAUAUAGUCAUGUUGUAGGCCGCUUCUGGUGUAACGUAAAAUGAAUGGCAUGGCAAUAUUGAUACCAUAGUCCAUGUUGGCACCUUUUGGCAAAAUCAUCGAAAUAAAUAGAUAUACAAAGAAAUCCUUA